CAAAUCAAAUAAUUUCGAAUUUCUAUAAAUAAAUAGAAACCCACAAUGAAAAAAAAAAUAAAAAAGUAAAAGAGAAAAGGAGACGCCGUUUAGAUACCAACGGACACUUUAUAUAACGGCUAGUCGCCCCUUUUCCAUACUGAUGAUGACUCUCUUUUCCCACUCUCCGGCGGGCACAGAGAGCUAUUUUCUCCGCUGAGUUUUUCCGUUCAAUUUCUAUCUCAAUCAAGAAAACAUUUUCUUUUUGCUAAAUCGAAAUCCCAUUUCUGCGUGGCGGCCGUAAAAUUUUUCCGCUCCAAAAAGCAAAGAUUUUGUACGCGUUCUCACGAAAAAAAAAAAAGAGCAAAAUGUCUACCUGUAACGAUUUUAAUCAUCAGGGGGGCGAGUAUUUUUCUCAGCCGAGAGGUUUCCUGACGCCGCCGCCGUCCGGGAGGGCGAGUCGGUGUUUUCCGGCGAUGCCCGCGUCGGAGAGGAAGCCGGGGAGGCCGUCGCCGCUGCCGAAAAGCGAUCUCUUUCACGUCAUCCACAAGGUCCCUUCCGGCGACUCGCCGUAUGUCAGAGCAAAACACGUUCAGCUGAUAGACAAGGAUCCAAGCAGGGCUAUUUCCUUGUUCUGGGCAGCUAUAAAUUCGGGUGAUAGAGUGGAUAGUGCCUUAAAAGACAUGGCAGUUGUAAUGAAACAGUUGGAUCGAUCAGACGAGGCCAUUGAAGCCAUCAAAUCCUUCCGAAAUCUUUGUCCGCUCGACUCUCAAGAAUCUCUCGACAACAUAUUACUCGAGCUUUAUAAGCAAUCUGGCCGAACAGAGGAGGAGAUUGAAAUGCUUAAGAUAAAACUGAAGCGGGUGGAAGAAGGAAUGGCUUUUGGCGGGAAGAGAACGAAAAUAGCGAGAUCUCAAGGGAAGAAAGUUCAGGUCACGGUCGAGAAAGAGUAUUCGAGGCUGUUAGGGAACUUAGCUUGGGCUUACAUGCAACAGAAUGACUUCAAAUCUGCAGAAGAAAACUACAGGAAAGCACUCUCAUUUGAAUCAGACAAGAACAAGCAGUGCAACUUAGCCAUAUGCCUAAUGUACUUGAACAAGCUGAGCGAAGCUCGAUUUUUGCUCCAAGCAAUUCGGGUCUCGUCCGAAAACGGAAUUUGUAUGGAUGAAUCAUACGCUAAGUCAUACGAACGUGCCUCUCAAAUGCUGCUCGAGUUCGAAUCUCAGCAAGAAGGGUAUGCAAAUAAAAGAACAAAGCCCUUUUGUGGUGAUAUUUUACAGUCAGGCUCUUCUCCAUUGCCUUCAACUGUGGAGAAAAUGAAUAAUCGGGCCUUCACUGAAUUUCCAUAUGAGAAAAGGGCUGAUUUUGAUUGGAGGAGAAAGAACAAUAAACAACUCCAUACGGGCCAACAAUCUCCUUUUAUGGGCCGGGUUAUCCCGAAAGUUCCAUUUACACAGCCCAGGCUGAACCCGAACGAGACUUUUUGUCGUAAAUUGACAUUUGGCUCGUUUACUGGUGGUGAAAAUACGCGUACCAUGAAGAAGAUUGAGAAAGGUAUGAACUUUCAUAUGACUUCUACAGAAAACGAAAAAAAGGAUCUGAAAAUGAGUUGGGCUGAUAUGGUUGAGGAAGAAGAGAAAAAGUUUGGAAAAAAGUGGGGAAAUGAUGAAAAUCGGGACUCGAACAUUAUUAUCCUUGAGACCCCUAAUCAUCGAUUGCUCGAUCAAGCUGAGAAAUUAAGUGAGGAAUUGAAGAUGGUUGAUAUUGGUAGUGGAUAUUUCACUCAACCGAGUAGUAAAGCUGCCACGAACCUAACCGUGAGGCGUUCGUUGUGUUUCGAUCAGAAUCUUCAGCUGGGAACAGAGAAUAAUAAUAACAAUUCUUCACCAUUAUCGACGAAAGUUUUGAGCUUUGUAGGUAAUAAUAAUGAGUUAAUAAUGCUAUCACCGGAAAUUAGUUCGGAUAAAUCGAUAAAAAGGAGGAACAGGUUGCAGGUUUUCCAGGAUAUAACCAUGCAGNAUACAUAUUCAACGUUGAAA